UCCUCUUUUUCUAUUAUUUCUCAAAAAUUUUAAUUUUUUCAUUUUUGCGCUCUCUGAGCUGCCUCCUUUUCUUCCCAUCCCCAAAAAGAGUGCUCAAAGUUUGAAAAAAAUGGGGAAAAAACCCUAAACCAGCCGACUCUUCUUUCUCUCUGGUUUGCUAUGAUGAAACAUAGGAGCGGCAUUGUGUUAUCAUGUUGAUGUUGUUGGGACUGUAGAAUGUACUGAAAAAUCUGAACAGAGCUAAGCAGUCAAGACAUUGUCAGUGGACUCAAUUUCUUGUUGGUUUUUGUUGUUGAAAUUGAUAUGGAUGGAAAUGGCAGUAUAAAUUUCAGGAAUUGGGGGUUUCUUGAACCGCCAACUGCUGCUCUUAAGAACCAUUUGGGCUUGCAGCUGAUGUCUUCCAUGGCUGAAAAGCCCCUUUUUGGUUGUGGAAUUCGUGACCACCACAACACCCACCCGUCAUCGGUCAUGGCCUCUACUAACGGAGGGCCGUAUCAUCACCAUCGUGUUGGUGGCAUUCCCGAGUCCCACAUCCCCAUGGACUGUUGGAUGACCCAAAACAGGGAAAAAUACCCAAAUUUCUUAUCUGGAAAUCAAGAUCAUGGUUAUUAUCCUCUGAGUUAUGGGGUUUCACCAGAGACGUCCUCCAGUCACUCCAUCCAAAUGCCCCAGCAAAUUAUUUUGCAGAAAAAUGAAGAUGUGAUCUCUCCAAUGGAUGAGGUUUGUGAGGAAAGAGAUAACGGUAAUGGAGGUGGUGCUGAUGGGCUUGUUAAGAAGAGAGGUGGGGGUAAAGUCUCAAAGUCACCCCCAAAAGAGAAGAAACCAAGGACUCGAGUGCCUAGGGCUGUACAGAAUGAGUCCACCCCUUCUGUCCAUCGUGCACGUGCUCCCAAGAAACGCGCUGAAGUUGUGAUUAAUGGGAUGAACAUGGAUAUUUCAGGAAUCCCUAUACCAGUUUGCUCGUGCACCGGAAAUCCACAGCAGUGUUAUAGGUGGGGAUCCGGUGGUUGGCAAUCUGCUUGCUGUACGACUAGCUUGUCGAUGUAUCCCUUGCCUAUGAACACAAAGAGACGUGGAGCAAGGAUCGCUGGACGAAAGAUGAGCAUUGGAGCCUUUAAGAAGGUGUUGGAGAAACUUGUCUCGGAAGGGUAUAAUUUCUCUAAUCCAAUUGAUCUGAGGAAUUACUGGGCCAAACAUGGAACUAAUAAGUUUGUGACAAUCCGAUGAAUUUAUUGGAGGUCUGCAGUUGGCUCCCAGUGCAUGCGGCUCAAGUUUUGUGCUGUAUAUAUAUAUGGACUGGAGUAUUCUACAUCUCAGGUCAUUUCUAACUGCUGAAUUUUCAGAAGUGAGUUGUCUUCUAAUUAAAUUUUGCCUUUUGGACAACCUCGGAGGCGAUGUUCUUUAACUUUUCACAUUUUUUAGUUCAAGGAAAACAUUAAUCUUGUCUGGUGACAGGAUGUGAAAAUGAUUUGUUAAGAUUAAUUUUUCUGAAACUAUGGUUCCUUCAUUCCUUUCUAAACAUGAUAUCAUGUUUAAGACAAUAAUUAGAUCUAUAUUGUCUUUUUCACUUUCUUUGAAUAGAGAUACUGUUAGAUUCACCUGGUAUAUUGGAUACUCAGCUUGCUUGAAGCAAACUGGUAUAAGCAUGAUGUCUGAAGGUGAAGAUUUAACAUGCACUACACUCUUGGUGAUUUGCUAUUGAAUGUACAAGGUAAGGUUUCCUAG